UGUGGAAAUGUAAACCGUUGUUUUGUUUCUAACCUGUCCUUUUUUCCCAAAAYAUAGAAGAAGAAAAAUCUGUUUCAAUUGACACAUCCAGGCAAUCUAUUGUUCCUCAAUACUUUAACAUGUCUUUUCUGUUCCUUCUUCACUCUGUGGUGCUUCUCUUUAGUAGAGAACUGACUAGGAUAUCGCGCCAGGAACAUCCCCCUUUGACCGGCCCAGGUCCCACUCUGUGGAACUCCUCAUCGAAUCAUCCASCUCCCUUGAACACAGUGUGUCCACCCCUUCCACCAAUCACAACAACACACGGGAUAGGACCACAGAGCUUGACCAAUUAGACGAGACCUCMUACCUGGUCAUUGGCCAAGGAGGAGGAAGUGUAGAUGGUGACUCCAAAGAGCAAUUAAAGGACAGAGUCAACCCACCCAUCAAAGCUGAGGGCAUUUCCUCUCGCCAAAGGACGUUGUGUUACCUGAGCAGGUCAACAAAGACAGAGAGCAACUGUUUACACGUACCUACUGAGAGCAGACCAGAGACAACAUUACAUAGUACAACAAACACGCCAGCACCUUCCUCCUCCUCUUCUUCCUCUGUCCCUUCUUCCUCUGUGCCCCCCCCCUCCCCACUCAACGUGGAUCGGUCCGAUCUGCAGAGCCCCGUCUCCCGGCAGGACAGCACCAUCUCRCGACUCAUUGAUGCCGUAUCCCUCGGCAACGACACCAGCUGCGGCUCGAUCUCCGCUCUGAUUGGCCAGUUUGACCUCACCGCUGACCAGACUGACCUCACAACGAACUCUGGCCCCCACGUUCUCAGUGUCAUGUCCUGUCUGUUCCAUCCCACUGUCCAGGACUCCAGCACACCCUAUAAGGCCACCGUGGACUGUACCAYCCCAUUUAAAGAYCCACAGACCACCACCUCCCCCCGCAAGGCAAUGAACGGACCUAUCACUCCUCGAAAGGCAAGCCAGACCCCUAACCACRCGAACCAGAACCUACUCCCACCCCACCCCAAGACCUCCCAYGCAGACYACCCUGCCCCCCUUCUCUUCUCCAGUCCUGAGACCACGGAGCUGGAGGAGGUCUAUACCAUCCUGGAUGAGGAGRUCUUGUCUCCAGUCUCUGUCUACAACCUGAGGGAGCAGACCAUAGGCAACAUUCAGGCUGACUCUGAGGAGAGCACACCUAUGGACAGCCUGGAGCCCUCCCCAGCCAAGGUGCCUCCUUGCCUGGGGACAGAGGCCAACGGCAGCUGGGUGGGCUCACGGAGGGGUGUAGUGGAGGUGGAGGAGCCAGGACAGGGCUAUGGGGGUGUCAGUGAUCCUACAGGGCUGUGGUCAGGGGGAGAGUGGGGGUUGUCAUGGGGUUACAGGUGCCCGUCUGUCAACAGCACAGUGUCCGACCGGUUGCUGUUGUGCCAGGACUCAGCAGGAAGUCAUCUGAUGGAGGUGGAGAUUAACGUGGACGAGGAUCCACUGGAGAUUUCCCUCACCUUACCGAGACACAACUGUACCUGGGUCGCUACCAGCCCAACCAAACAAUACGCUGCUCCCCAAAGCCAGUUUACCCAACUAAACCCCUCUCCCCGGUACGCACCCCAACUCUCCCAGUGUCCUUCCCCCCUCAAACAAUCCUCACACCAGCCCUCCCCUCGCAACACCCCAUCAAUAACCCCUCAAACCCAGCCCUCCCUCUUCAAAAGGCCCCCCAACCCCAGCACCCUCCGCCUGAACAGCCACCCCUCCACCCACAGCAGGGCUGAGCUCUCCUUUGAGAACAGCAGAGACAUUACCAGAGCCUACACCCAGCAGCACAGCUACAGUGGACCCACCCAGGCCCAGACCAGGGGCUACCARGGUGGACCCACCCAGSCMCAGACCAGGGGCUACCAGGGUGGACCCACCCAGGCCCAGACCAGGGGCUACCAGAGUGGGCACACCCAGCCACAGGCCAGGGGCUACCAGGGUGGGACAGGGGAAGGUCAGGAUCGGGGUGAAGCAUCAACCUGCUUCCAGAAUGGGUUGUCCUCCUCUGAGUGUCUGCCUGGUCUGUCUAGUAUGUCUGGUUCAAGGUAUGUUAGCUUCCCCAGAGACCGAGGCCUGUACUCCCCUAUCUCAGAUUGUGAUGUGGCCUAUAGCCAUCUAGACUACAACUGCUUCAGGCCCUCUGCUACCUCGGCAUCCCCCUACACCCAUCUGCAACCCCAGCCCCAAUCAAAUACCCAGCCCCUGCCCCAGGCCCAACCCCAAUCACACACCCAACCCCGACCCCAAUCACACACCCAGGCCCAGCCCCAGUUCCAACCCCGUUCUGGCCCCCCACCGCUGCCCCUCUCGGGCCCCACCCUUGCCCCUCCUCUACCUAUCCCCAGACCACCCACAGCCCCCAGCCCCUGCAAGUCCAAGUCUCUGGGUGACCUGACAUCAGAGGACAUCUCCUGCAACUUCCACAGCAAGUACAACAUCAUCAGCCGCAGCUUCAUCACACCCUGUAUGAAGGAGCGGAGGAAGAUGAGGGGCYUAGGGGGUCUGUCCCAACGGCUGCAGUCUGCAGACCCCCUCACUGAGCAGCUCCGCAAACUAGUCACCCUGGAGGGGGAUGACAGAGACCGGGACAGACCCCAGUCUCCCCAGCUGCCCCAGUUACCUCAGUUACCCCCCAAACCCUUCAUUCCCCCAUCACGCCCCUGCCCCCCCUCAAACUUUGUCCCCGAUGCCCAGGAGGAUUCCCCCCCCCUCCUCUCCCGCCGCCUUUCCUCUCGGAGCCAGAGCCGUGUCCGUCACAUCAACAAUCGCGCUCGAGAGAGGCWGCRGGAGGCUCURAAGUCCCRGGACAUGAGCRCCCCCUCCAGCGUGGGAGGGGUAGUGCUGCGURCUAAAGUAGCAGCAGGUCAGAACCCCCCAGCUAACAGACACUCCACAGGCUCCUACAUAGCGGGCUACCUGGACCAGCUGGAGGACAGGGGGCUGCCUGAGGGGGCGUGCACCACACUAGGGUAUGGAUUUGGAGAUCACUAUGGUGAUCAUUAUCAUGAUGACUCUCUGCUGCCCACAGACUCAUGUAUAAGAUCAGAACCGGAAGUCUACUUCCUGCUCAGACUCUGA